GCAGCUUGGAAUCAUCUGCAGAUUGUCAUCAUUCCCAGCCCAGUCGCGGUCGCUCAUCAUUGCUGUGGCGUGAAGAGGUCCUGCUUAGUUGUACUAAAGCCCUCCUCACCCGAUGUCGGAAGCGGAUGUUCCACCCAAUGCGGAUGCUAGGAUUGAGCAUUUGGACUGGAUGAGGGAGGCGAUGAACAUGGCAGAGGAAGCCCUGGCGGCUACUGAAGUGCCCGUGGGGUGCAUUUUCGUAAGAGACGGAAGAAUCAUCGCUAGAGCACGUAACCGCACCAACGAGCUGCGUAAUGCAACGCGGCAUGCUGAGUUGGAAGCGAUCGACGAGAUUCUUGCGGAUAGGACGCUCACGCCUACCGUGACUCGGUACCCGCUAUCGGAGACGACGCUCUAUGUGACGGUCGAGCCCUGCAUUAUGUGCGCCUCCGCCCUUCGACAGAUGGGCAUCAAGGAGGUCUUCUAUGGGUGUGAGAACGACCGGUUCGGGGGCUGCGGGAGCGUCCUCGGUGUGAACAGCAAACUGCCGCACCCACAGCAUGCGCCGUACAAGGCGAACGGCGGAUAUCUGCGAGAAGACGCGAUCAUGGUUCUGCGACCACCAAUACCUAAAACAAAGGGGAACCGAGUAUUGAAGACAGACAUCCUUCCGCGAACGUCUUCCCGGACCGAAGACCAGUAUUAAUGCUAUCAUCCAUGCUCGCGGUAGCAACUGUAUGGACGUGCAACACCGAAUCGCCGUCGCUCCACAAACCGAGAGCAUUCUCUCGACUAAGUUCAUUGGCUAGACUUCAUCUCAGCUGCUACAUGGCAUUCAAGUACCCUACAAUAGCCGGACAGGUACACCUGCCUUCUCCAAAAGUCUGCAUGCAGCACCCUUCGAUCCUAUCAGGAGGUCCGAUGCACUGUGGAACGCCCACGGCUGUCGCAAACACAAUUGCAUAUCGGUAGCUUAAUAUGCCCCGGUGGUUGGUGGCCCCAGGCAGUAGGGAGGGAUCCUGUGCACUGGCAGCAUAUACUUAGACCGUGCUUCAAGCUUCACAC